GCUUGCGGGAACCCCCAACUAUGAUAAUAUUGAUGGAGUUCACGAUAGGUAAACACGCCAAGGAGUCCGAGAAGAAGAUGGGGGAUAACACACAAAAUAAAAGCUGGCCAAUAUCCCACAGUUGAAAAUUCUUUUGGUACAUCUUCAGUUGUUCUCUUCUGAUACCCUAUUACUGUGGAAAUAUGUCUACCUUUCUCAAAAAUGCUAUUGUUACUUUGGCAUACGCUACUGUUGCAAGUUCUUUGAGCACCAAGGCUGGUAGCACUGUCGAUGUUGACGGGACAUUCUACUAUGUACCUUCAACACCAGUGUCCAGUCUUGGUGUCUCAUGGGAUCAAUUGAAAGUGGCUGCAACCUCAGGAAGCGAUCUCAUCCCUACGACUGUUAUGACAGGGGAUUUCAGUACCUUUGAUUCUGGUAUAUUCAAUGCUACUAUUGCCAGCUUUGCUGAGAAAGAUGAUGUUUUUAGUACAGGAUUCUUACAAGGUAUGUUGGAACCUUCUCUAAGACAUCUGACUUCACUGUUCGAUGUUAACUUAUGGAAAUUUUAGCUGUUUAUCUAAGUUCUACUACACCCACUCAGCUCAAUGCUACCUUGGAUAGCGUUCUUUCCGCAUAUGACAAUAAGCUAUUCAUGGUUUCUUCUUGCAGUGAUGCAUCUGUGGGUACAACUACAAAUACUGCGCCAAUGCCAAAUGGCCCCUACUUUGUAUCAGCAUACACGGGCGAUGUGUUUCAAGCUUUCCGCCUUUACUCAGAUUAUGAGGGCGCUUUUACAGAAGGAAUAAUUGGUCAUGCCAGUGGAAACUUUAGUGCCCUGUCUGCAGCUGUACCGGUAAGCAUUCUGUUACCGAAUGGCUUUGAGUAUUCUUUGACAAAGUUUAGGGGGCUCAAGCGCCUACCAUCGGGGUUCCAUCUCGGUUAUAUUAUACCAAAACAGCAGAGCAACCAUUGGCCGGUGUAAGUUUUUGCCUUUCGAAGUACUAGCAGCACUUGUUGACCGUCUUAGGUACGAAUCGGUAUUAAGGAUAUUUAUGAUAUAGCAGGCACCAAGCGUGGUUGUGGAAGCCGAACAUAUUACGAUCUUUACCCAGAAAAGAACACCACCGCACCUGUAGUUCAAACCCUCAUUGAUGCUGGAGCUAUCGUUGUUGGGAAAAUGAAGACCAGUCAAUUUGCCAAUGGGGAACACGCCACAGCUGAUUGGGUCGAUUAUCAUUCCCCGUUCAACGCUAGGGGAGACGGUUACUCAGAUCCUUCUUCGUCAUCUUCUGGGCCCGGCGGUGGGAUUGGGGCAUACUCGUGGUUAGAUUUGGCACUCGGUUCAGAUACUGGUGGAUCCAUCCGCAAUCCCUCUCAAGUCAAUGGAUGUUAUGGAAACAGACCAACCUUCGACCUCGUCUCACUCGAGAAUAUCAUGCCCCUCUCACCACUGAUGGAUACCGCCGGUUUCCUAACUCGCGACGCCGAGCUCUGGAGCGCAGCGGGCCAUGUUCUCUAUGACACAAAACUAACACCCUACACCUCCUUCCCCAAAAAGCUAUAUUUAACCGAGUUCCCCAAAAAUGCUUCCAAUGAAGCAGAAGGAAUCGUCCUCUCCUUCCUCUCAAAGCUCGAAGCAUUCCUGAACACCACAUCCACAGUCCUGGACUACGACUCCAGAUGGUCUGCAAGAAACACAUCCGCCCCAGAUCUCAACACCAUCCUCGACCCCACUUACCAAACCCUGAUCUCCAAACAACAAUGGACGGGACUAGGCGCCCCUUUCUUCGCCGACUACGCAGCCGCUUUCGACGGCCGGAAGCCAUUCAUCGACCCAGUCCCAGAACUCCGAUGGGCUUACGGACGUAACAUCACGAAUGGUACUUUGGACCAGGCAAUUCAUAACAAGACGAUGUUUAAGAAUUGGUGGAAUGAGGAAGUCAUGGUUAAGAAUCCGGAGACGUGUUCUGAUGCUCUGCUACUCUAUCCGGGGGCUUUAGCGAGACCGAAUUACAGGAAUGGUUAUUUAAACCCACCGAGGUUGAUCAGCGGAUGGGGGGUGUCGAGUAUAUCUAUUUUCUCUGGGGCGCCGGAUAUGGUUCUUCCUCGUGAGUUUUCUAUUUUGGCCUUUUCCUCACUUAUUCUAUCUUAAAAGAGGGUUGGUGUUUUUACUUGCCCGGACUUUUCACUAACAAGCGUGUCUUUCCAGUUGGUCAAGCAGCGUAUAACUCCACAAUCACCAAUCACAUCGAGUAUCUCCCUGUUGCCGUCGAUAUCAUUGCGGCGCCUGGAUGCGAUGCUGUGAUCUUCGAUUUAGCGGUCAAGUUGCAAGCUGCAGGUAUCAUUAAUGCACCGAAAGCGGGGAGCACGAUGUAUAAACGUGAGGUUAGAGGGGGGUUGGAGUAAUGGUAUGAAGAAUCAAAGAUAGAUUAAUUAUGGUAGAUAGACAUUAAUGUAUAUUUUUGCAU